AUGAACCUCACGUUUGACGGCAAGGAGAUCAAAGACUUCCGAAGCCCCGGCUUCGAAGCGUUUCCAUGGAGAAAACCCGACGACCGUGGGCAGCUAGUGCCACACGACUUCAUGAAAGAACAUCAUGAGACACAUCCAGAGUUAGUGACGAAAGGGAUAUAUCUCCGGUACGGCACCUGUCAAGUGAAAGGCCCGAGCGGCGUCGAGUACGCAUUACAUUCUCUACGACCGAGCCUGGUGCAACCUGCGGAUAUGCACCACCGAGGUGCAACGACCGGAUCUCGACGGGCCACAUGCCCUUUGGUUCCUCCGUCAGCUGUACGGCUUGGCAAGAGCGGUCGGUCACGUCCACUACUCUACGAGGCCCACUCGCUUGAACCGACGCUCGUGGAUGAGAACGAAGGACGACGCAACGACAUCAAACCGGGAAAUAUACUCGUGUUCAAAAGGGCUGUCAAUCAAAACCCCAUCUUCAAGCUCACGGACUUUGGAUUAGGCGCAUUUACCGACGCCAAGGCAGCAAAAACGUCGCACAAGACUGCCAACCUCUUCGGCGUGUUCCAGGACAAUGACGGGCCCAGCUUUGAAACCCUUCGUCAGGAAUACCCCGGAUGCCAUUCAACGGCCGGGGGAGAUCGAUUCUGGUACGCAAAGGGACAUGGCAGCAGCAAGAAGUACUACCUCAAGCCUGCAGUCACCGAUCUCCCUUGUGAACUCAGAACAAAGCAUUGUGCCAAGUUGAGAGCAUUCGGGCACAUCAUCGACGCAAUCGAGGGGCUACUGGAUUGCGGGACAGAAAAGCGAAUGCGUGCAGCGGCUUCAGUAGUGACCCAGAAUGGUACAGAUCUCAGCACACAAGGCGACUUCUACCGGAUACAGCAUCAGAAGAAUGUCGGUAAGCCAGAUUCGUCGAUCGCAUUACUGAGGCUUGGGACCGAGGGAAUAGAUCCCGACAUUGACGAUCGUUCCCCUGCGAUCCGAACCCCUAGCCGUGCCCACUCCAUCACCAGCAGCGGUUUCUCGAAUAUCGGGGCAGGGUCUAGCCAUCUACCGCAUGAAGGCUCGCCAGGCGAGUCCGGUGGCCUGGGCAUAGAUCUGGAGGAUCUCAGUGCUCCAGCUCCACCUGACGACAAGUCUUGA